AAAUAUAGCGGCAAUUGAUAAAUAAUGAUACAUUAGCAUCAAGAACAAUUUCAUUAUUGCCACCAUGACUGCUAUUGUUGAUAGUGAUAACAUAUUACUCAACAUUUCAUCCGAUGAAGUUAACGAUUUUAUAAGUGAGUACACAUUGGAAGGUAAAUGGGAUAGUGUAAUAAGGUUGUACAAUAAAUUUCCAGAACAAGCUCACACAGCAAUUAUCUCUGAUUCAGCUGGCACUCCAUUGCAUGUAGCCAUAGAUUUGGACGAAGAAGAUGUUGUCAAUGAGCUUGUGAAUGCAAUUUUAACACAUAAUAAUUUUGAGGCAUUGGAAAUGGUGAAUGAACGUGGAGACACACCAUUGCAUUUUGCAGCAUCAAGGGGUUUUGCAAGAAUAUGCAACUGUAUAAUUGGUAGUGAGAAUGAGAGGAUAUAUUUGUUGAGUUGUAAAAAUAAAAAUGGUGAGACACCUUUUUUUCAAGCUGCUGUUAAUUGGAGAAAACAAGCUUUUGCUUAUCUUGCUCAUAUUUCCAAAGGGAUGGUCAAUUUGCAAGAACUUGUACGAAAUGAUGGUGAUAGUAUUCUUCACACUGCUAUCCGAGGAGAAUAUUUCGAUUUGGCUGUGAUAAUAGUACAUCAAUAUGAUUACCUCAGCACACAUCUGAACAAAGAAGGAUCAACUCCUCUCAAAGUCCUUGCAGCUAGACCUUCAGCCUUCAAAAGUGCAAGCAACCUUUCAUGGUAUAAGCGAAUCCUAUACCACUGCAUACUCGUGGAACCACUGGAUCAUGAAAAAGCAAUGAGGUCAAAUUUGAGAAAGAUGGAGGCUGGUUCAGAUUCCAACAAGAUGAAGUUACCAGAUAACUAUACCACUUUAUAUGAGUUCGUUUCUAUAUUUGGAAAAACCCUUUUAAAGAAGAAAGAUGAAGACCCAGAAGAUCCAUCAAACAAAUCCAAAAAAAAAAAAGAAGAAGAUCCAUCAAACAAAUCAGAGAAAUAUCCUGUUGGAUUUUUGCCAAAAAAUUAUGAAACCUUUCUUGAAUUUGUCAAGUCUGCGUAUGUACACACUCUUGGCCUUUCAGGAGUAGAGUUGAAGGAUGUAAAGAUUGCAAAGAAGAAGCACACAUGGAGUAGUCAGCUGUUGAAGGUAUUGAUGAAAAGACCUUAUGCAGCAUUCACCGGUGCCGGUGGUCAACCACCUGAUACGGAAAUUGAUCCUAACAUUAUUAAUGUUUUUGAUCACCACUUCAAACAAGGUGAAACCAAUAGGUUCGAUGAACAAGAACAAAAACCUAAAGAAAAUGAGAUACAGAAAACCAUAUCAACUCCAAAUAAAACAAAGACGGAAACAAAACUUGAAAAUGAAAAGGAAGAAGUUGACAAAAAGGAGACACCAUUUUUGGUUGCAGCGAAAAAUGGAAUAGUUGAACUGGUUAACGAAUUUCUAGACAAAAUUCCAAGUGCCAUUCAUGACACAAACUCAAGGAAAGAAAAUGUAUUGCAUGUUGCAGUGAAGUCAAGACAACCCGUUAUUGUUGAGACAUUGAGAAUGAGAAUGAUUAAGCACUCAAAACCAGAACUUUGGAAUAACUUAAUUCUUGCAAUGGAUAAGGAGGAGAAUACAAUAUUGCAUUUGGCAGCAAAGGCACUAGGUGAUGGUAAACCUUGGCAGAUUGCUGGUUCUGCCUUACAAAUGAUGUGGGAUAUAAAAUGGUUUCAGUAUAUCAAAAGCCUUGUACCACAACACUUCUACUUUAGAAGCAACAACAAGGGCAAAACAUCAAGUGAAAUUUUCAAGACAACACACGAAAAUCUUAUACAAGAGAGCAGCAGUUGGCUAAAAGACACGUCAGAAUCCUGCUCCGUCGUAUCUGGCCUUGUAGCCGGUGUUUCCUUUGCCACAGCAAGCCAAGUACCUGGCGGCACAACCGAUGAAGGCAGUCCAGUAUUAGAAGGCAAGCCUGCAUUUGACGCCUUUGCCAUUUCUUCACUUAUCGGUCUUUGCUUCUCUGUUACCGGACUCAUCAUGUUCCUUUCAAUUCUCACUUCUCGUAAACAAGCCAAAGAUUUUCGUCGAGAUUUGCCACUGAAACUUCUUCUUGGGCUAAGUUCUCUCUUUGUGUCCAUUGCUUCAAUGUUUAUUUCAUUCUGCACUGGACAUUUUUUUCUGCUUAGCCAUAAUUUUAAGUCGAUUUUGUUCCCAAUUUAUGCAGCAACUUGUUUGCCUGUGACUUUCUAUGCCGUUGCACAAUUUCCUCUUUACUUUGAUCUUAUAACGUCUAUUUUAACUAAGGUUCCAACGGCAACUGAUAAAGGUGACAAUUUAUAAUUAAGUGUUUCCAUAGUAUGGUGUUGGAAAUAUUCAUAUGUAAUGCUUUUGAUUUGAUUUUUUGUUUUGCUGGUUAUGUUGGUGUGAUUAUGUUUGUGUUUAAGUUGUUGUAAAAUUUUGAGAAACAUGAUGUUUAAGUGUGUAAUAAUUUAUAUUUUUAUUUUACCAGGAGGAUGUAACUGAUUUAUGCUUGAUAAUCGAAUAAUAAUCACAUUA